AUGCCGCCCAAAGCUGCUGUCCGCAAGAAUGCGACGCAACGCAAGCGCGCUGUAGAUGAAGAGGAUGCACCGCGUGUCAAGCGUGUGCGAACAUCGACUCUGAAUAGGCCGCCAGCUCCCAUUCGGGCCUUGCAUGCUGCGGACCUGUCAUCUCACACGGCUGGCACAGCGUCGAUGCAGGCUGUCUAUGCGACGCGCACCGAGACGGAGGCGUCCAGCGGCAGCGUCGUGCCACGAAAGCUAUUCGUGUGGGGCACAGGCGAAGCUGGUCAAUUGUCCCUCGGUGGCCCCGACGAUGAUAAUAUCAACAAGCUCACCAAGCCCAAGCCCUUUGGCAACAAAGACAUAUCCGUGCAAACGGAUGCCGGCCAAUUGGGCACGGGCGGUGCAGAGAUGAUCGUCGCAGGUGGUAUGCAUACGCUGCUGAUCGACGCUCACGGUCGCAUCCUGUCAUGUGGCAGCGAUGAUCACGGCACGUUAGGGCGCAAGUACCGCGAAGGAUCCAACGAGUCGGAAGAUGACGUGUACUAUGUGCUGCGGCCGGUCGACGGCAUUUCGCCCACGGGCAAGGAUGCGGCCCCUGGUGAUGACGGUAAAGUGCAUCGCUUCCGAGCGACGCGUGCUGCUGCAUCGGACGGCUGCAGUCUGGCUCUGGACGCGGAGGGCCGUCUCGUCGCUUGGGGCCACUUCAAGGACGGCGAAGGCAAAGUGUGCUUCGCCGAUACGGACGCUGAUGGUGCACCUCGCGAGCAGUGGUCACCCCUGCCCAUUCCUGCGCUAGAAGACGUACGGUUCGCGCAGUUGGCCUGCGGCGAAAACCAUGUGCUCGCUCUCACGCUCGAUGGUCGCGUAUACUCCUGGGGCCUGAACAGCAUGUCUCAGCUCGGCCGCUUCGCGAGUCCUUACCACGUCCGUGCCCGCUUCACGAAGCGUGACCCACCAGCGAGUAUGCUGCUCACGCCAGAACUGAUUCCCGAGCUGCGGAAUAUCGUGCAUGUGGCGUGCGGCAUGAACUCGAGCUUUGCGGUGGAUGCAGAAGGACGCGUCUUUGCUUGGGGUCUGAACACCCGCGGCCAGACAGGCACGGGCCUCAAGAAGGAAAAGGUGACGCGCCCCACGCGUGUGAAGGCCUUGGACCCAACGCGCCUGGACGGUGCGCGCGUCGUCCAGGUAGAUGGAGGCGAGUUCCACACGGCAUUCCUUUUGUCCAACGGUCAUGUAUGGAUGUGUGGCGACAGCGACGAGGGCAAGCUGGGUCUGCCUCACGAGGUACUGGCAUCCCAGGGCGAGGAAGGCCCUGUCCUCAUGCGCACGCCCGUGCAUGUGCCGAUACAAUCAGAUUCACCCGAGCCUGCUUCGAUCGUCGGCAUUGCGGCUGGCAUGCGCUUCACCUUUGCCUUGGCUGCGAGUGGUGUGCUCUACUCGUGGGGAACGACAUCGGACGAGGCGAUGGGCCAACCUGCCGAAUCGUGGGGUGACGACCAAAGCAAGACGACGCCCACUCCUGUUCCCAUGCCUGGUGAACCCGGUGCUUGGACCAUUGCCAGUGUGGCCACAGCCGGUCAGCACUCGUUGGCCUUGGCCGUCCGUGCACCCUAG